AUGGCGUCUCUGGGUGUCUCUGCUCCCUGGCGAAAGGCGGUGCUUUACCUGCUGCUCGCCUUCUUACCUGCAUGUCUGUGCGCAUGCCCGAGGUCCUGCAGCUGCCCGAACCCCAAGGAGGUCCACUGCACCUUCCGCCACCUCUCAUCCACCCCGCGCAACAUCCCCAAAGAUACGGAAAGAGUCAACCUGGGCUAUAACAGCAUCGAGGCCGUGGGGACCACGGAUUUCGCAAAUCUGCGCCAGCUGGAGAUGCUUAUGCUGCACGGGAACGACAUCGGCUCCGUGGCGUCGGGAUCUUUCUACCACUUGCGUUCGCUCCAGAUACUGAAGCUGAGCUACAACAAGAUCAAGUCAGUGGACUCCGGGACGUUCGAGGGCCUGACGGGUCUGGUGCGCCUUCACCUCGACCACAACCAGAUCGACUUCAUCAACCCGUUCUCCUUCAACGGAUUGACGUCGCUGAAGCUUCUGCAGCUGGAAGGCAACCGGCUGCGGGAUCUCCACCCACACGCGUUCACCACCAUCUCUCUCCUGGGCGCCUUCUGGGGUUCGGGUCUGAGACACUUGUACCUUGCAGACAACCGGCUUGAGUACCUGCUGCCUGGAACUCUUCAGCACCUGAGCAGACUGGAGGUUCUGUCUUUGCACGGCAAUCCCUGGACGUGCGACUGCCACCUCGGCUGGCUUGUGGAGUGGGACAAGAAACAUGAAGGUGUAAUAAAGUGCAAGAAGGAUCGGGACUCGGUGGCCAGCGAGAGCUGUGCCGUCUGCGCUUCACCCCAGACCCUAAACAACAGCCAAAUCUUCCAGCUCUCGGCCCAGCAGCUCUCCUGUGACCGACCGUCUCUUCAAUCUCCUCUAAAACUGGGUGAAAACAGUGUGUUCGAGGACCAGGAGCCUGACCUGCCUUACACCAAAGAUUUGGAGCGUCCACUGGGCGAUUUGGCCUUGAUGUUAUCCGACAGCCAUGGAAACAGGGCUCAUGUGGCCUGUGACGUGAACCGCCCCGGAGAGGGAACCUCCGUUGCAUGGGAUAAGCUUAAAAAUUCUGAGGAGGUGGCGGUCAAUGUGACCUUGCAGACCCAGCUCGAGUGUGAGAUCGACAGGGACACUCUGCAGAAUCUGUGGAGGCUUGUGGCGUACUACUAUGAAAGCCCGGCGGUCCUGGAGCGAGGAUCCAAGCACGAGAACACUUCUAAAGUGACCUAUCAGUACGCCCAGGUCACAACCGAGGACUCGCCUUACUUCACCGAGCUCAAAGGGCACUUGGAGGCAAAUCCAGCCUGGCUUUUGCAACCCAAGGUUACAAUUCAGCUGAACAGGCGCAAGACAACGAGCAAAAAGCUGGUCAUGAACUUUUCUACCUUCAUAUCAAAGCGCAUGAGUGGAAGAGGGGAGCAGGAUGACCCCGUCCCUUCCUGGGCUUUGAUUCCUAGAGGAAAUCCAGGAAGGGUUCAGAUAGUCCUCGAGCACUCGAAGAUCAUUUUUGAUUGUGACGUGCUGACCUCAGGGGAUCAAUCUGUCGAGUGGAUGCUUCCAGACCUCACUAUUUUAGACAAAACCGAUUCCCAGAGGAUUGUCUCCGAGCAUAACAGACUGAUCAUCGAAAACGCGAGCCUGUCAGACGGCGGGUUGUAUCACUGCUUCGUCAGGACCGAGGUGGAAGUGGAGAUAGUUUCAUACAGACUCGUGGUUAGAGAAUGCCUUCUCAGUCCCGGCGGCUUGAACGGAAAGAGGAUGUCCGUCGAGAAUGAAGAAUCACUCCGUCUUCCGUGUUCUGUCACGUCACCACAUCCAGUCGAGACCGGAUGGUUUCUGCCGAACAAUCAGAUUCUGCAGGCGUCGAAUGCCAAAGGGAGGAUUUAUGUCUCGCCCAAUAACACUUUAAUUAUCACAAACGUGCUGGACGAGGACGCCGGGGAAUACAGCUGCCUAGCGGCUAACCUUAACGGGGCGGACAUGUUGUCUCAUCAGGUCGUCGUAGUCGGUAAGAAAAGGGACGAGCCCCAGGAUGUUACCGUAGUCAAAGGCCAGUUGGAGUCGUUUGACAGCGAGGAUGCUGAGGGGUCUGGGUAUCAGGAAAUUAAGCGAUUUACUGCGACGCAUACAUCUCAGAGGGGGGUCGAAAGACAUAGAGGUUCGGGUAGGCCUCAUCGACCGGGCUUCAAAGGAAAAAAGAUCAAAGAGAAUGCUAGGAAAGGUAAUAAAUCUGUGAAAGAGGUUGACCCAGGUCGCUGGGCUCAGUUAUUAGCGAAGGCUAGAGCUAAAGCCUCAACCGUGCCACCGAUAACGAUCAGUGCAGUUCAGACGACUCCUGCACCUACAACUCCAGCUUCUACGACUUCUGUCGAUCCUACAACUAGCAGCGCUACCACCAGUACUAGUAUGAAGGUUUAUAAUACUAAACCGCUAUCACAGCCGCCUCUCAGAGAGCCUAAAGACGGACAUCUACAUAAAAAAACUGAUGAUUCGCAUGUUCCAACUCUGACUUCCUUAAAUCUUCAUUCGACCACGUCACCUCCAAGCCCAACCUUGUCACGUAAAGAAUCAAAGAAUCAUUUAGAAAGGCCCGUAUUAGCGGGAAGAAACAGGCUCACCAAAAAUCACAAUCGCUUCCCCAACCAAGGACACAGGCCUUUCAACAGAAACAGGUCUCCGUUUAGAAGGCCGAGACCUACCCGCCCCCCGAAAACCACCACAGAAGCCGCGUUCGCUCCAUCAACAUCGGCAGCAGAACCUGAAUCUACCACUUUGAAACACGUUCCGUUUCAAGCUACAAAUAAAACCCCGAAGAGAAAACACUUCACAAACACAAAUGGAAAGCUUGGCGUGAGACAGAAGUCCUCCCAAGUUGACAGGAAAACUGGAAGUGGAAAACAAGCCCCAGUAAUUGGAUUCGCAGACAGAAGCAAGUACCAAGAAUUUGAUGAAGCCUUGAGUACAACACCUUACACUCCUGUUGUACUACCGACCACAGAUAGUAAGUGGUACGGACAUAAAAGCAUUGAAGAUGAAGAUACACAAGAGCUAAGAAGUACAAGCUCUUCUGAAAACGAACCUCCAAUCACAGAAAAACCUCUAACCACAGAUAAACCGGUCAUCAACAACAACAGACCAAAGCUGGACAACUCAGGGGUCAUACCUGGUAGAUCCAAUGUCCCUGUUCACCCCUGGCUGACUCAACGAAGAAAGCAAAUCUCGGCCACAUCGGUGCCAUACACGUCUUCACCCUUCUACACCAACCGCAUCCCAGUCUGGCCCAGAGUCCAUGAAUCAAAGCAUCACUCCUUACCUGACAGAACCAAGCAGACAAGCGAGAGACACGCCGGGUUUACUAAUCGACCCCAAAUAAUCGUCCAAACGGCAAACCCCACCCCUGAUAUCCUCCUGUCGGCACCAACCGACCUUCCCAAAACCACACCGCCACAAAUGACCCCACCUUCCCGAGCGAGAGACUAUUUGCUUUUCAACAGGCUCCGAAACAGAUACCGGCAAUCCCAGAUCGACGCCCAGCGCUUAGCCCAGCUUGGAAAGUUGGUCACUCCCAAACCAAGAACUCAGCAGCCCACGCCAAGGCCUCAUCCUGCCCCGAAUGUGCCUAACGUCUACAAACCCGUGACGCCACCCUCUGUUAUAGCGGCGACCAGCAAGCCCCACUCCACAGCCAGCAUACUCCAAGGCAGUCGCUGGCACUAUGGUCAGUCGGGCGAUCGGACGAAGAUACAGAGCACCGCACUGCCCUUUCCAAACCUGAUGGGUAGCGGCGUUAAACCAAGGAUAAUGACAACCGAGUCGGACACCGUGUCUGCGCUGGCAGAGACGAACGUUCUCCUCCGCUGUCAGGCAUCAGGAGACCCAAAGCCUGCCAUUUCCUGGACCAAAGUCUCCACAGGUGCUACCAUUCAAGCCGGCACGAAACACGGACAAAGAUUUGAAGUCUUUCCAAACGGUACCUUUUUCAUCAAGAACGUCCAGCUGCAGGACAGAGGUCAGUACCUCUGCGCCGCGCAGAACAAAUUCGGCUCCGAUCGCACGGUGAUCAACCUCGCUGUGCAGACAGAGCCUCCGAGGAUACAGGGUCCCAAAUUCCGAGACGUCUCGGUGUACCUGGGGAAGGUCAUCAGCUUGGACUGCGUGGCGUCCGGCAAGCCCCAGGCGCAGGUCUCCUGGAUCCUCCCGAACAGAACCUUCGUACGGGAGGUGAUGCCUGUCGACAGACCCGUGUCUCUUUUUCCUAACGGAACCCUACGCAUUCAAUCGGCAAACUUCUCCAACAAAGGGAACUACAAGUGCAUUGCUAAUAACGCGGCAGGAGCCGACACCCUGACCUACUACCUUCACGUCGCCGCACUUCCACCGACCAUCAACGAAGACGCCUCCGAGAGUAUUCCCAUCCACACCGGGAGGAACAUGUACGUUCACUGCACCGCUAAAGGAGAACCGGAACCUCUUCUCAGGUGGCUUCUUCCUGAUGGCACCCAACUCAAGCCUACGCAGUUCAUCGGACGGAGGCUCUUCGUUUUUCCCAACGGUACGCUAUACAUCAAAACCAUCCUUCCUACGGACGCAGGGAAAUACGAGUGCUCAGCCACGAAUGUGGUAGGGUUGGCUCAGCGAGUGGUGAAGCUGGAUAUCAGGCAGGAGUCUGUGGGUCCCUGGAAAGGUCCGUCUGAGAAGCACAGCGUGUCCGCCAUGUACGGCUCCACGGUGUUUCUGCACUGCCCCGAGUCGGUGGACUCCCAAAGAGGCACCGUGUGGAGACUACCAACCAAAACUCUUCUGGAUCAUCGAUACAGUCCUCUGAGACACAUCGCCGCCUUCCCUAACGGCACCCUGAGGAUCCUGCAGCUGACCGAGAAGGACGGUGGCAGCUACCUGUGCAUGUACCAGAAACCCAACGGGGAGGACAUGGAGCUUUUUCAACUCGACGUCCUGAUGAAGCCACCGAAGAUCGAGAACAUGGGCAGCCAACAGAAGAGGGUCACCAACGGAGAGAACUUCGUGGUGGACUGUGUAGCUUCGGGUCUGCCGGACCCGGAGGUGACGUGGAGUCUUCCAGACGGCACCAUGAUAAACAACGCUCUCCAGUCGGACGACAGCGGGGGCCGCAGCCGUCGCUACGUCAUAUUUGAGAACGGCACGUUGCUGAUGCAGCAGAUGGGGAAGAGUGACGAGGGGGAUUACACGUGCUACGCCAAGAACACCCUGGGAGAGGACGCUAUGAAAGUGAGCGUGCAGGUCGUCCCGAACUCGCCACGGAUCGCUUACAAAGAUCAGACGACUCUGCGAGUUUCGCUCGGUCAGUCGGCCCAGAUAAAGUGCGACGCCACGGGUGAACCUGCGCCAACGAUUAUUUGGAUUUCACCCAAAAAUGAGAUGAUAGUCUCGUCUUCAUUGAAAUACGAGACACUAAAUGAUGGGACUCUGAUUAUACAUAAAGUGACCCUUGCAGAUCAGGGGAAGUACACGUGUGUUGCGCGCAACUUAGCCGGAGACGACAUUAAGAACGUGAAGCUCCAAGUGGACGUCAGGGAGCCGCACAUCAACGGGAAAAAGGGACAAACUCACAGCAGGAUUUUGGUCGUCUCCUACCAGGCCGUCCUGCUGCACUGCGAAGCCGAGGCCGUCCCCGACCCCCUGAUAACGUGGACGACGCCCUAUGGCAUGACCCUGCCUAAGCCCUACACAGGAGGCAGGUUCCAAGUCCACAAGAACGGCACUCUUGAGAUACGGGGCAUCCGCAAAACAGACGAAGGACGGUUCUCGUGCGUAGCCAAAAACGGCCUCGGAGAAGCAAGCCUCGCAGUCGACCUUGAAGUUGCGUCACUUGCUGAAAAGCCGAGCUUCAUUCUGCCAAAUAUCGAGGUCUUAUCCCUCAAACCAGAUGGAGAGGAUAUAACGUUGAACUGUCAGGCUAUAGGAAAACCCAAGCCAGAUUUCGUCUGGAUUCUUCCCAAUAAUACAGCGCUCGCUCCAGGAAUGAAACUGCAGCGCUUUGUUCACUCCCCGGAAAACGGGACUCUGCACAUUUUGAAGCCCGUGCUCGGAGAUAAAGGGGUCUAUCGCUGCCUGGCUAAAAACAUCGCCGGACAAGCAGAAAAAAGGUACGCACUGGAACCGGGACGGAGGCCCCAAAUUCGAGAAAAAACAGCAGCACCUUUGAAGAUUUCGUUCGGACGGACGGUGAACAUGCCGUGCAGCGUGGAAGGCUGGCCACAAGUCGUUAUCUCCUGGACGCUUCCGAACGGCUUGGUGCUGGACCGGCCUCAGGUCAUCGGAAGAGUCACGUUUCUAUCGAACGGAACCCUUCAGCUUAAAGAGACCGCCAAAUCCGACAGGGGGACCUACGUUUGCAAGGCUACGAACACGUUUGGAUCAUCGACUCUGUCGUAUCCGGUCACUAUUAUGGUUUUCCCGCCUCAGAUCACCAGCGCGCCGCCUUCCAUAACAAAAGUCGCCAAGGGAUCUCCGGUGACACUGAGGUGCAUCGCUAGUGGCAUUCCCAAACCGGACAUUUCCUGGACCUUACCCGGACGGACCACGCUCGUACCCAACAAUCGUUACACCAUGAGCGGGAUUUAUAUGACCGAGGAGGGGAGUUUGGUCAUACAGGAUCCCAGCCUGAUGCACUCUGGGAUUUAUAAGUGUAACGCCAAAAACGCCCUGGGAAUGGACUUCAAAGCAACGUACCUGCAAGUAAACUGAACAUGUGA